CGUUUGUUGACUACAUAAGCAGAAAUACAAGCAGAAUGAAUGUUGCGUAGGAGUUAUUAGUUAUGACUGACGUAUGGUUGUUGAACUAUUGUUUUAUUAUUGUUAAAACUAUUUUUUAGAAUCUUUGAUUAAAAUAUUUGCGGAGAAGGUCGUGUUUUAAAGCCAAAUAUGUUGGUAUUAAUGGUUUUGCUGAGUUUGGCUGCGCUAAGAGGAUCUCAAGCUUACUUUAUUACUGUAGAUGCCCAUGCCGAAGAAUGUUUCUUCGAUAAAGUAGAAAUUGGAACUAAAUUGGGUUUGACAUUUGAAAUAUCCGAAGGAGGCUUUUUGGAUAUUGAUGUGAAGAUAGUUGGACCAGAUGGGAAAGUGAUAUACCAGGGAGAACGGGAAACUAGUGGCAAGUACACAUUUGCUGCCCAUCUGCCAGGCAAAUACACCUACUGCUUCAGUAACCAGAUGUCCACCAUGACGCCUAAAGUGGUUAUGUUUGACAUGGAAGUAGGAGAUGCCCCCAAAACCGAUGUUAAAGCUGAAGGAGAUGAAACUGCAGACCACACUAAGAUGGAAGAGAUGAUUAAAGAACUAACGACCUCUCUGACUGGAGUAAAACAUGAACAGGAAUACAUGAGUGUGAGAGAUAGAAUACAUCGUAGUAUCAAUGAAAGUACCAAUUCUCGAGUUGUAUUGUGGUCAUUUUUUGAGGCAGUUGUACUUUUUACAAUGACAAUGGGCCAGGUAUACUAUUUGAAGAGAUUUUUUGAGGUUAGGAGGGUUGUUUGAGAAUAUAAUUCUUGGUUUAACCAUAGCCAAAUUGUCAGUUUGUACGUUUUCCAGUCCAAUAAAAACUCCAAAGUAAAUGAAAGAUUCAGAUAUUGUUCUUUAGUGUGGUAUAUUUGAUUGGUUGUGUUAUAGCUAAAUGUAAACUGGAAUGGAAAAAUACCUCCAAAUAAUGCAUCCCUAUUAAGCAAAAGUUUGUGAUAUAAGUGUUUUACAGAGUAAAUUUAUUGUUAAAUCUACAGUAAGCAAAUCACUAUGGUAGUAAUUUUGUAAUGUAGAUGAGUACUUUAAAUUGCUGUAUAUUAAUUUUUUUUAUAGAUUUUAUAUGUUAGUUAGUAAUUGAUUAAGCCUUACUUUUGUCAUAAGUAUAAGUAUGGAUUGAUAAUACUUAUGUAAGGGGAAUUGUGGUUCAGAAUCAUUUGAUUAGUACGAUUGCAAUAUAAUACUGCCUCAACCACAAAGUAAUUUUAAUUUGUUAUUUGCAAGCAUUCAAAAUGGGAUAUAUUUUGUUUGAAGUUCAUUUUUAAUAAUGUAAAGAUUGUGAGGGAAGCAGGAAAAUCCUGUUUCCCUCAUUAGGGGAUAUAACAUAUAUUAAAAUGUGAGUUUGUUGUUGUAUGAGUGGGCAAUUUAAUUUGUUUCUUGUUAUUUCAGUAUUAUAUAUUUUGGUUCUGACAAAAUUAAUGCUGUGUAUAUAUUGUACAUUAAAAUUUAAUAAAGAUUUAUAAUAUAUUCACUCUACCAUUGGACUUCAUACUACCUAGGCUCACUGGAAAAUAAGCAAGUUAAGCAUUUUAAGCAAGUUGUAACCCAAGUACAUACUGUCUUACAUUGUUUCAGUAAAAGGUAAACUCUGUUAUUAAUCUAAAUCUUUAGAGGAUUGCAAUCCUCUUCAUCUUUUAAAACUUUUAUUCACUAUGGAUGAUAACAGGAACAGGAUUUUGUAUAUUUGCUAUCAUUAUUAUUUUCUAUAAAAAGAACUCAACAUUUCAAGGAUUGGAAUCUUCCUCUGCUUUAGGUGUCAAAAAACAUUAAGACCCUUCUCCUAUCAAAAGUAUGAAUUUACAUACUAAAUGUAAAAAUAUUGGUUAAGCAAGCACAAAUCAAUGCUGGCACCUGUUCUGUAACUUGAUAAUAUACACAAAGGUAAUACGCCAACACGAUUAGUUAGUCAUAUAGUUUUUUUUUUUUUUUUUUUUUUUGGUAUUAAGGAAUUUGAAGAUUGACUGAUAUUUUAGCUUAAUAUACAUGUAUUUGUAUAUUAAUAUUGCUGACUAAUAACUAUAAAUGCAUUAUUAAUUUUGUUAUUUUCAAUUAUAAAAUUUUAUUUCAAUAUCUUGUA